GAAGUGACUCAUUCCGUUCGUCAAGCGGAGGGCGGGUGCCAUUGUCCAUGUCUAACGGGACGAACUAGGUAGUCUGAUUUGAAUUCUUUCUCAUGUGUCACUUAAUCGCUCAUUAAUUUCGAACUGCUUCAUAUUGAAGUCGCCGACAUGCUAUUGGCGCUGCUGGACCUGUGGACGGUCCAUUGGGAGUUGGUGUCCAGGGUUGACACCGUACUGCUUUGCUCCCUCACGGCCGCCCUCUGCUACCUUUGGGGCCGCAAGAAUCAGAGGCCAUUGCUGGUGUGCGGCAAGAACUUCCGUGACUUCCUUGAGGAGCACUGUCCCGCGGUGACCGAGACCUUCAGCCCAACCCCGUGGUGCUGGGGAGGCCGUCUUCAAACCGUCCUGUGUUUCCUCAUCAAGUCCAGACCGCACGUCGCUUAUCGCAACGAGCGUAUCCGCACGGCCGACGGCGGUCAGAUCUCGCUGGACUGGGAGGACAACGACAGCAGCGCCGCCUACCCGCGAGCGUCCACGCGGCCCACCGUCCUCAUCCUGCCGGGGUUGACUGGCAACAGCUCGCAGUCUUACGUGCUGCACGCCGUCAGGCAGGCCGCAGCCCACGGCUACAGAUGUGUGGUCUUCAACAACAGAGGCUUCGGCGGGGAGGAGUUACUUACACCGCUCACUUUCUGCGCCGCCAACACGUCCGAUCUGGAGCUGGUGGUCCAACAUGUGAAAAGCCUCUACCCACAAGCCCCAGUUUUUGCCUUGGGUUUCUCUUUAGGAGGCAUGUUACUGCUGAACUACCUCGGCCGGAAAGGCGCCGAGUCGGGUUUGGUGGCGGGCCUGACGGUCUCGGUGCCCUGGGACGCGUUCAAGUCGGCGCAAAGCAUGGAGGAAGCGCUCAACUGGCUGCUCUUCAACAAACACCUCACGAGAGGACUGUGUCGCGCCGUGCUCAGGCACAGGAAGAUGCUGGACAAAGUGGUGGACAUCGACCACGUCCUGAAGGCGCGCAGCAUCCGUGAAUUUGACGAGCGCUUCACCGCGCCGCUGUUUGGCUACGAAUCGUGCACGGAGUACUACCGCCACGCCAGCCCCGAUUGGAAGCUCCAGAGUACCGCCGUGCCCGUCCUGUGCCUCAACGCUGCCGACGACCCCUUUUCCCCGCAAUACGCUUUUCCGUUGAGUGUAGCCAAGGACCUACCCAACGUGGCGCUUGUGGUGACGUCCCACGGUGGGCACAUCGCCUUCUUGGAAGGUUUGUUCCCGCGCGGCGCCAGCUACAUGGAGCGUGUCUUCAGCCAGUUCGUCCGAGCCGUCUUAGAACAGCCGCAAGAUGUCCACCAAGCCUGUGGCCUGGCGUGCAACUGAAUGUACAGUGUAGCACACCAAAAAAAAAAAAAAAAACGACCACGCCACAAUUUUUUUUUUUGAAGGGGGUUGGGGGAGGAGGGGGCUCAGAACAAACACAAUGUAAUAUGAACCAUGUCUACCUCACAUGCUCGCUGUCUCGAUUUUAGAACUUUGGCUGUUAAUCAAGUUGAAUGACGUCAUGACACCGUCCCACUCACAAAUACAAUGCAAAGAAAAAAUACUUUUAAAUAUUCUUUUUUUUGUGCGUGUGUUUUCCUGUGAGUCACUCAAGUUAUUCACCAUCAGCUACUUCAAAAUGGCUGCUCUUGAAAGACUGGUUGACUUUUGUUUGGUUUCCUUUUUUUUUCGACGUCGCACGUGUGAUUCGACAUGUCAAGGCUCAAUGACUUAUGAGUGGU